CUGGGGUUCCACCUAAUCUUAUUCAACUAUAAAAGGGGACGAAAAGAAUUGUCUUGCACACACACAAUCUUGAAGAGACAAUGAGUACCGCACCCAACUACCUUGUUUUCUUUCUUGUUGUAUUCUUCUUCUUUAGUGCUUCAAAAGCACUUGAAGAACAUAAACAACAGAAUGGCGCAGUAACGACCGUUCACAUCAUCGACGGUAUGGCGAAGAACUCAGAAGCAAUUCAAGUUCGGUGCAGUUCAUCAAGUUCUGGCGAUCUCGGCCAACGUACGAUUCGUCCUGGGGACAAUUAUGUUUGGAGUGUAAAAUUUGAGAAGGAUGUGUAUUAUUGUGCAGCCGUGUGGGGCAGUUAUUUCGCCUCUGUGCAUGCCUUUGAACCCGAGAGAGACAGCGGGCAUGGGACGGUGUUUUGGCUUGUUUAUGAGAAUGGAUUCUUCCUCAGUUGGGAUAAUUCUAGCUGGGUCAAAAAAGCUGACUGGGAAACUGAGUGACUGAAAAUAUUUGAAUUUUGUCUACUCCUUAAUCAGAGUUGUAAUCUCUGCAUACUAUCAUCAAUAAACUAAUGUUUUGUUC